AGCCCGAUUUAGCAACCUUGAACUCAGCCUGAAUCGAAUUCCUUGGCAAUUCCUAACUAGCGAAAUCUUGAGCUCAAAACGGACUUGGAACUCAAAUUCUAGAUAUCAGCCUGGUGACUUGCGAACGCCCAGUGUUGAGUGUAUGCAAAGCAAUAAAACUGGUUUGAGAGGAAACUCGUUUGCGAUUUUGCAAGGCUUACAUCAUAAAGCAAGUGUUCUCUGACUCGCUGGCUGUCCUCCAUUUUUAUUUCGUCGGCUCUACUCGCCGAUCUCGGUGCGGCGGCGACUUGGGAUUCUCUACGCACCCCGCAAUUGACAGGCAAAUCUCAGCGCAAGCCACCUCUCUAGUACUCGGAUCCGAUCACGGGAGGAAUAUCCAAUUCAACCAUCCACCUACCCAAACCCCCGAUUCGCACCUGAGGUUCCGUCGCCGCGCACCGCCACCUGCUCGACGCAAUUCCCGGCCCGGCAGCGCGAUGGCCGGCCGCCGCUGACUCGCGCACGCCGCCAUGUCGCUGGCGUGCGGGCUGCCGCUGCUGGAGUGCGUCUACUGCCUGGGCUGCGCGCGGUGGGCAUGGAAGCGGUGCCUCCACACGGGGGACCGCGACAGCGCCACCUGGGGCCUCGCCUCCGCCGCCGAGUUCUCCCCGGUGCCCCGCAUGUGCCGCCUCAUCAUGGCCAACUACGAGCCCGACCUCGCCAACCCCGUCUUCUCCCCGCCCGGCGGCUACGGUAUCGACCCCGCCAACAUCAUCCGCCGCCGGAGCUACGCCGACACCCGGGGCCGCGUCACCCCUUACCUCGUCUACCUCGACCACGCGCACGCCGACAUCGUGCUCGCCCUCCGGGGCCUCAACCUCGGCCGCGAGUCAGACUACGCGCUCCUCCUCGACAACCGCCUUGGCAAGCGCAAGUUCGACGGCGGGUACGUCCACAAUGGCCUCCUCAGGGCCGCCGGCUGGGUGCUCGACGCCGAGUGCGACCUGCUCAGGAACCUCCUCGACAGGUACCCUGACUACAAGCUCACCUUCACAGGCCACUCACUUGGCGCCGGCAUCGCCGCCAUGCUCACCAUGGUCGUCGUGCUCAACCUCGACAAGCUCGGUGACGUCGACAGGAGCCGCACCAGAUGCUACGCCAUGGCGCCCGCCAGAUGUAUGUCGCUCAACCUGGCUGUCAGAUAUGCCGACGUUAUCAACUCUGUUGUGCUACAAGAUGAUUUCCUGCCUCGAACAGCUACUCCUUUAGAAGAUAUUUUCAAGUCGAUUCUCUGUCUGCCAUGCCUCCUGUGUUUGAGAUGUUUGAAGGACACCUGCAUACCUGAAGAUGUUAUGUUAAAAGAUCCAAGGAGGCUCUAUGCACCAGGUCGGAUAUAUCACAUUGUGGAAAGAAAAAUGUUCAGAUGUGGAAGAUAUCCACCGGUGGUCAAAACAGCUGUGCCAGUGGAUGGUAGAUUUGAGCAUGUAGUUCUUUCCUGCAACGCCACAAUGGAUCACGCUGUUAUUUGGAUCGAGCGGGAAGCCCAGAAGGCUUUGGAUCUAAUGCUGGAGAAGGAGAGAACGAUGUUGGUGCCAUCCGAGCAGCGGAUGGAGCGGGACGAGACGGUGCACGUGGAGGAGCACAAGGCAGCACUGCGCAGAGCCGCCACACUGUCGGUGACAGGCAUCCGGUCGCCGCCAUCGACGUACGGCACGUUCGGUGGUGAACGGCCGGAGAGGAGCGAAAGCUUCCCAUCGUCAGCGUCCAGGCAACCACGGGUGAGCUGGAACGACCUGAUAGAGAGUGUGUUCGAAAAGGAUGAGGAUGGUCAGAUCGUGCUGCGUAGCUCGCCUCCUUCCUGACGCUAGACCAUGUAAAUUUUCCUCUUUGUUUUCUUUGGCUAAACAUCUUCUGCUGUAAAUUCUUUUGACAGAAUGCUGAUUUAUUGUGGUCGUCAUGGUUUUUUUUUUGUACCA